UUGACAGGAGCUUUAUAAACAACGAAGUCCAGCGUCAGGCUGCAACUUUUCCAGUUCUACCAAACCAGAGGGUCAUCGUAUAAAACUCUGUCAAUACGAUGGCAAACGAAGCCAGGCCCUGCCCCUGUGAAAUCGGAGACCGGAUUGAAUACGGAGGUCUUGGCCAGGAGCACCAGAUUGAGCACCUUCAAGCUUAUGUGGUCAAACCAGCCACUGCAUCUGACAAGGCCGUCAUAGUCAUACAGGACAUCUUUGGAUGGCAGCUCCCCAACACCAGAUACAUGGCUGACAUGCUGGCUGCCAAUGGAUACAUAGCUGUUUGCCCAGACUUCUUUGUUGGGAAGGAGCCGUGGAAUCCAUCUGAUGACUGGUCCACAUUUCAGGCGUGGCUUCAAGACAAGAAGCCAACAAACAUAAACAAAGAGGUGGAUGCGGUGCUGAGGUUCCUGAAGGAGCAGUGUGGGGCCAAACACAUCGGAGCGGUGGGCUUCUGCUGGGGAGGGGUCGCCACACAUUACCUGGCCAUGCAGUAUCCAGAGGUCAGAGCUGGAGUGUCGUUCUAUGGGAUUGUCAAAGAGAGGGAGGACAUUUAUGAGCUGAAGUUUCCCACUCUGUUCAUUUUUGGAGACAAAGACCUCGUCAUCCCACUGGAUCAGGUAGGAGUCCUUGAAUCCAAGCUGAAGGAGAAAUGCACAGUGGAUCAUCAAGUGAAGAUCUUUCCUGGUCAGACUCAUGGGUUUGUUCACCGCAAGAGAGAGGACAUCAACCCCUCAGACAAACCCAGAAUCCAAGAGGCCAGAUCGGACAUGCUCAACUGGCUCAACAAGUACAUGUAGAUGGAGGGUGGGGGACCUGCACACUGGAGUCGGUUACUUGUAACAAAAGAGGCACGGAAGCAACUGGUGCCUUUAAUCCCAUUUCUACUCAUAGUUUACCAGCUUUCAUGGGAUAAAAAGAUGUAAUAUUAAACCAUUUUGAGUGAGGUGAUUUAAAUUUGUUUGGUUGUUGGCAUUCCAGAUAUUUUCAAAUCCAGGCGAUGUCCGUAUCUUUAGAUACUAAUAAAUUAUGAUUUUGAAAGGAUAUGUGAAUAAAAUAUACAUGUAAUUUUUUAGCCAAAAUAUGUGAUGUACUUUUACCAGUUGGAAGCUGUAUGAUGACAUUACACUAUCUUCACAUAAGAGUGUAUUCAAUCAUUUGUAGAAUGUUCCUGGUGAGCCAAAGUUUAGUAAUUUUGUUUUAUAAAACAUGAUGUAAACCUUAAAUAAAACUUCAGGGGCUUGAAAACAGAA